UUCAUUCGUCUGUUAAGAGUCAUUGCAUAUUUAGUUGUUCUUAUUUGAGCAAACAAAAUGAAAUUAAAAAUAAUUAAUAUUUUAAUUUGUACAUUACAUUAUUUUAUUUUAACAAAUGUCCAUACUCAGGCAGUUUCUGAUGAAAACACAUCCGGAGAGCCAUCAGUUUCGAAGAACGUUGCAACUUUAAAAGAAAAUGAUCUGUGUAAAAAAUGCAUUUGCGAUUUAGAAAACAAUUUAAUCGAUUGCACGAAAAAAUUAAACAGUUGGCUCUCUAACGAAGAAUGGAAUGUCUUAAUCAACGGAAACUUUACUUUUGAAACAAUCAAGCUAGAACACAACAAUUUAAGCAGUAUCCCAAUAUUGCCAACAUAUGAUGUAAAACAUUUAUACAUUGGCUAUAACCAGAUAGAUUCAAUAGCUAACGGCGCCUUUCAAAAUCUAUCCGACUUGACAAGCCUAGACUUAUCGCACAACAAAUUAACUUCAAAAGUGUUGCUACCAGAUGUCUUUAAAGGACCCUAUACCGUAUCGGACUAUAAGGCGUUAUAUAAUUUGAAAUCGCUAAAUUUGGGAUACAAUGAACUGCAUUUUUUGGAUGCAGAUUUAUUCGAGCAUGUUCCAAACCUAGAAGAGCUUAUUUUAUGUUCAAAUAAUUUUCAAGUAAUAGACGGACUUUCAGAAGUGGCAAUUUCAGGUUUGACAUCAUUGAAGGUUUUAGAUAUUUCAUAUAUGGAAAUAAAAACCUUGCCACAAACUCUUUUACAUGGGCCACGAGAUCUCGAGACUUUAAUAGCAGCUGGAAAUCUUUUCAGUAAAUUGCCAGAUGCUUUAUCAUUUGCAAAGAAUUUAGCCAGGCUUGUCUUGAAUGAAAACCCAAUUGAAGAUCUUCAAGGCGACAACAUUUUUCCUGUGAUGACUAACUUAAAAUAUCUCAGUAUGUCUUAUAUGCCAAAGCUGCGCCAUAUUGGAGUUGGCGCCAUGAGUGAAUUGCAGACAACAUGUUACAGUAAAGCGCUCGCAACAUUCGAAGACAUUCGAAGCUCCCAAUAUUUAUUACCUCCUUAAAAGGGGACUUAAACAUUGACGAUAUUGAGAGAAGUGGGCUCAUCUUUUACCAGACUCUGGCUAUUGAUCGGGAAAACACAUCUUCAAAUCGUCGCACGGCUGACUGAACUGAACUAUCUCGGUACAGAUUGCGGUAAUUGCUGUGCCAUCUUAUUCCCACUGUUUUCUUCAUGUCAAUAGAAAUAUAAUCAUCGUGCCGAUGAGCCAGCCGUUUAAUAGUUCUGGUGGUUUCUGGUAGUUGCACUUUUCCUGUUGCGCAACAUAUACUAACUGCAUGACAAUGCAAAUUAAUUGUCUUUGUUGAUUUCAUUCAUCUAGUUCCUCUAUACCAGCCGCAAAAUAGUAAACUGCUCCUGUCAUGUAGGCACAAAAGAAAGCGCAAAAGUAUGACAUUUGAAAUUCCAGUGCGUUGCAGCUGCAGUAUAACAAAAUGAAUAUGGAGUUAAAAAACAAAAACCAUUUUAGUUAUAUCAACUAAUCAAAUUUAACAAAAGCAUAUUUCAUUAU